CGCCAGCAUUUUCGCGGGGUGUGAGGAGUGGACAGACAGCACAACGUUUAUCGUUUAUAAACACUGCAAUAAUAAUAAAAAAUCUAAUAUAGAGCUUGUGUUAAUGAUAUCGCCUUCAUUUGAUAGAGUGUCUGCUGCCGUGAGGUUGUGAGGAUGAUGGCAGCAGUGCCUUUAUCCAGUGCCAGCCUCCUUCCUCUUCUGGAGUGUCUGGAGGAUGCUACAGCCGGGCUGUCAGAGCAGACAGAUGCCUACAUCACCAUAGCAAACCAUCUCAAUGGAGGGGAAGGACAACAGUUUCUGCCUGUAGUUGUAAAGCAUUUUGCACGUCUCAGUAAAGUCCUUCUGGUUCACAUCUCCAGUGAGAGUGAGGACCUGUGUCAAGCUGCACUGCAGGCCCUGGGCUUCUGUGUCUUCCACUCUCACAUUGUUUCAGUUAUCCCAGCAAAUGUUUCAGAAGAGAUACUUUCUACGCUUUGUAAUGUUGUGGUAAAUUCCAAAGAAAAAUUUACAUGCACUCGAGCUUUAUGGGUUAUUUCAAAACAGAAUUUCCCUCCAGAGGUGGUGGCCAAAAAGGCCCCAGAGAUUCUCAAGAGCCUGGAGGCCAUGCAAACCAGAGAAGUACAGUCCAUCCUCAUUGAUCACGAGUCGCUCAAUGUUAUCAUAAGAUUGUUGGAGCAGGCUCCCCCUCAGAUGGCUGCUGGAGCCGUGUGCUGGGCCAAGCUGGUUGUUCCUCUGGUGGUUCACUCGGCCCAUAAAGUGCGCUUUCGUGCGGCAGCAGCCCUGGAGCUGGGCAUGCCUCUUCUUCUGGAGAAACAGCAGGAGGUUGCAGCCAUUGUAGAGCCAAUGAUGUCCUCUACUCUCAUCCCUGAAAUGCAGAAACUGUUCGCUUCAAAAAAUGAGAUGAAUAUGCUGAAGUUGUGGCCCUUAUUUGUGAGGCUUCUGGGGAAGUUGCUCCACAAAGGCGGUGCUUUCAUUAACUCAUUGUUAUAUUUAGAGGAGUUAGGUUUCCGCAGCUCCUCUCCCAAUAUUAAGAAGAUUGCCUUCAUAGCUUGGAAGAGCCUUAUUGACAACUUUGCCCUUAAUCCAGAUAUCCUGUGCAGCAACAAGCGUCUGAAGCUUCUCAUGCAGCCCCUCAGCUCCAUCCACGUCAGGAUUGAAGCUCUUUUGCUCACUAAGCUGGAGGUGUGGUGGUAUCUCACGGUCAAGCUUGGGCCCAACCUGGCUGCUAACUUUGAGCAGGUUGGCAUACCGCUGCUGCACAGCACGCUUCCUACUGAUUCUCCACUGCAGUCCCCAGCUACACCCGCUAGAACCCCUAACCCAAGUAAUGGUACACCUAACACACCUAAAUCAGGUAUUCCAUCUUGUAGCACUCCGAACACUACUCCUCGUAUGAAUCUGAACAGCAGUGCGCAAGCAGUGCAGUCCUAUUGCUCCAUUCAGCUACUAGGGCUGGAGAUGCUUCUGCAGUGGCUCUUGGGUCCAGAAGUCACAAGCACUGCUGCCAAAGAAAACCUUCAGCUCAGUCUGGAGCCCCUGACUCACCCACUCCUUACCAGCCCCUCAUCCUUCAGUAGACAUGCCUCUAUCCUCAUUUCAGCAGCCAGAGAUGGCUUCAUUGCUGUGGGAAAACAUGCUCCAGAAGCACUUCUCAAUCUUGUUUGGAGCAGCCUCAUUGGUUUUGUCAGUGCAACAAUAGAAGCUGGUAAUAAGAAGGAGCGGCAGGGUUCAGAGGUCCUCACCUUUCUUCUACAGGCUCUACAGUCCAUCCUGUCCUCAGUUGUUCUGCCUCCUGAGCGUGCUCUGCUUUUGUUGGAAGCCACAGUUAAGGGAAUACCUCCGAAAGUGCUUGGUUCUGCAGCCUAUCAAGUGGCAAACAUGGAUGUGUUGAAUGGUACACCAGCACUUUUUCUAAUACUGCUUUUCUACAACAGUAGCCAGCUCUCAUCAUUUCUUGAAGACGAGAGAUUUUUCACAAGCCUGGAAAUCCUUGUAAGUUGUGGGUUUUGUGGACCGACAUCCCCCCUGGCUUUUGGAGAAGCUGUUUUAGGAGCAAUUAGUGGGAGUGUGGAGGCUGUUAAGAACAAGAAGCAGCUCUGGAGAAUGUGGAGUAUGGUGGUUACCCCUCUGACUGACACCAUCACUCAGACCAAUGAAGUGAAUCAAGGAGAUGCUUUGGAGCACAAUUUCAGCGCCAUUCACAGUGCCUUGAUGUUCCCAGUCAUUCACCUGUUGCCUAGUUCAGCCCUACCUCAAACAACCCAAAAGACCAUGAUCAGUAUGUGGUCCAAGCUUUAUAAGGCUUUUGCCCGCUGCUCGGCUUUGGUAGCCACCGCAGAGGAGAAUGUGUGCUGUGAAGAGCUGUGUGCCAAGAUCUCUGCCUCUCUUUAUGGUGAUGCUCUGAAAAGUCUCUCUAUGUUAGAUGCAAUAGCUAAUGUCUUGCUGAUCAUCACAGAGAGUAUGGACUUCUCUCCUUACACCCCACAGUUCCAGCAGAAGAUGAAAUCUCCUCACACACCCUUGAGUUGGGUACGGAAAAGAAACAAAGCCCUGGGGAAUUUCUCGACCUUCCAUGCUCUCCUGAUGCAGACUCUCGAAGCAUUUCUUGCUUUGGACCUAUCAGAAACAUCUGCAGAGCCCACUAGUGGGCUUUGCUUGACGUUGAUCUCUAUUUUGUCAAUUCUUUUUACUAACAUCACACUGCCCACAUUCAUACAAGAAGUGCUCUCAACCAUCACCAAACCACUCGCAUGUUUUUUUGAACAAUUCUCCAGUUUUGAUGAACAGUCAAAUCACAGUGCAGCACUACUAGGAGCCAAGUUAGAGAAACUGGCUGCAGACCUGCUUGGCUGUCUUCAGACACACUCAACUCUGUAUGACGAUGAGCUGCUUGCUGUGUUGUCGCCCUUGCUUUGUGUGCUUUUCCCACACAAGAGCAAGCAAAUUCGCACUGUGGUCACUCAGUUUUGGAAUGCCACGUUUGGAAAUGUGCUCACAUUGAUUUACCCUGAGGCUCUAAGGGCUGUUUUAAAUCAGGCUAAGGAGAAGACUCCAUUGAUAUUACCUGGAUUUAAAGCUGUUGAUACCCCAGAUGAUUGCAGUGAACCGUAUUUGAUGUUCUCUGGUCAGAGUGAGAGUUCUCAGCUGGACCCUCAGGUCAGUGGUGUAAAGGUGACCUCUGUGGGAAAGAGGAAUUCUCUUUUGUCUAGGGCAGAAAAUCUGAAAGAAAGAAGCUCUGUAACUAAGCCUGUGUCUGUGAAACUGGAUUUUGGAUCCCCCAAGCCUUUGAGGUGUGAAGCUAUUGAGGAGGAGGCAUCAGUGGAUUUUGUUUUUAUUCCACCUGAAACAAAGGAGAGAGUGCUGACUGAGCACCAGAAAGAGGUCAAAAGGACUAAAAGGGCUGCCAUUCCUGCUUUGUACAAUAAUCUGGAUGCCUCCCUUGACACCGCAGACUUUACACAAUACUCUCCAAGUCAGGAGGAAUCCAUGGAAAAAUUUAUAACAGAUGAAAAAGAUCUACUUACGGAAGAAGAUAAGGUUCAGCUGAAGGAGGUUGCCACAAUUGAGGAUCCAACCGCAGACGUUAAAGUAUCCCAAGAUGCCACCAGAUCAGACCUAGAAACACCAGAGAAAGCUAAGAUGCAAUCGCUAUCUAGAGAUGUCUCAGUGGAUGAUGUGAGUGGUCAUGAGAAAAGUGGAUUAGAGGAGACCAGCCCUAAUGUUUCAAGUUCAUCUGAUAUGAUAACAGGUACACCUCCUCAACCCAACAGCAGGCGUCAGUCUUUUAUAACUUUAGAGAAAUAUGUUGAGGGGAAGCCAUCUAGUCCCGCCGGUGUUACGUUUACUGGUCCAUUCACUCGGAAAUCAAAUAGACUGGAUUCUUCAAAGGCAUUGCUGACCAGUCCUAAUUCCUCUUUGGCCUCAGAAACUCAGAUUAUGAAGGAGGACUCUCAAAAGAUUAGCAGUGCUGAGCUAUCCUCUCAAAAUGAGGAAGAACGCAUAGAGGCAAAAGAUGACAUUAAGUCAACAAAUAGUCAUCCUUGUAAAGGCACAGAUGAGGAAGAGAAUGACAUGGUCCCAGAUACCCAGACCCAAGUAUCUAAUGAGAAAGAAAUGUUGGAUAUUAAGAACAGUCCUGUGUUCAAAGCCAAUGUGGAGGACACAAGUUCCAAGGAAUCUGAAAAAGCCUCUCUUGAGGGAGAUUCACAGACUCUUCCUGAUUCUCAAACUGAUAUUAACUCUAGUCAAGAACCAAGAAGGUCAGGCAGACGUCGAAGUCGACCUCUUCGCCCAGGAGAGGAUCCAGUGGCGAGGGAGCUGAAGAGCCAAUCGCCAGAGAAAAAUCAGGUUGCAGAGCUGAAAAAUGCACAGAAGCCCACAUUAGCUCCUACUGCAUCAACAAAUAGCACUUUGCCUGGAAGAAGCAGAAAAAGUAAGAUUCUUGAGGAGAGUAAAGCUGAAGGUGACCAGCUAAAGAAUAAAGGGGUAAAAGGAGAGCUUAGCCAAACUGAUUCACAGAUUUCCUCUGCAGAGUCUUCUAAGGCACUUUCACAGAGAAUAGGUAUGUGUGGGAAUAAAGAAACUGAGUCUUCUCAUGAGAGGUCUCCUGUAACUCGAUCUGAUAGCCAGUCUAAAGAGAGACUGUCACCUCUUAAUGAGCCUGAGAGUCUGUCACCAGGUAGACCUAUGAGGAAGACUAGAAUGAGCAGUGCCAAUCUUGAGGGAUUUAAAGAAAAGAAAGAGGCAGAUGAAAACACCCAGAAUGAUUCUCAAAAUGCAGCAUCCGCUUCGAGAAAGAGAAUUUCACAUCCACCGGUUUCCGAUAUAGAGGCUCAUAGCCAACAAAUUGGCAGGUUACGAAGAACAAGGAGAUCUGCCCCACCGGAAGUAGUAGAGAUGACCAUUUCACAGACCAAAGAUAAGUCAGCAACUUAUGAACAAAAAGGGCAAGAAUUGAGCGAGAGAGACUCCCAAACACUAACAAUGGUAAAGAGCAGAUCUUUAAGAAGGAAAAACACAGAGGAAGAUAUAAGCACUAGUGGAGAUGCCACUUCAACUUUUUCCAUGAAUCCUGAGCAUUCGCAGACCGAGGACUUAAGUGAGACACCAGAUUCCUCUGAAGGACAGGGUAGAUACAGAACUCGAAGAUCGUCUAAAGUUUUGCUGGCCCCUUCUGACAAAACAGAGUCUGAAAACUCUGAUAGCAGGGACAAUGGACCAAGGCCUAAAAAGAGGCCACGGAAUCAACAAACCACUGACAUGCUCAAAGUUCCUGAGAUGGUUCUGGAUAAGGAUGAUGUUAAUGCUCGUUCUGACGUUUCAGUGGAGAUCUCUACGUCACAGAAUGGGCCUGAUCCUGAAACUAGUUUGGAUAUUUCAGUCAGUGACACCAAAGAACUUGAACAAAAAGAUGAGGAAGAGGUCCCUGCAACUGAGAAUGUAGUACAAGAACAGAGUCAAACUGACACCGAAUUAAGAAUGGAAAUGGAUGCAGAUAAAAAGGAUAUGGCCUGUACAUCUAUCAGUCAGAAAGCUGAGGGUGAAGAAACAAAGUCGGCUUUACAGAACAGCUCAUUGGUAACUGAAGAUUUAAAGGUGAAAACAGAAGUUUUGCAUAAAUGCCCACAUACCAGAGGGCAGGGCCGUGGACGUAGACGAUCAAGAAACUGUAACUGCUUUAAAAAUCGCGGCCUGUACUCGCAGGACAUUGACUCACAGGAUCUGAACAAUGAACAGGUUCCACUUGAUAUUAAUGGCCUGACAUCCCAAUCGGAGCAGUCCAGUCCUACAUCUUUACCAGAGGGAGACAAAUGCACUGCAGAUGCAGGUGUUAUCCCAGAUGCUGACAUACCUAAUCAAGUCCCAUCUGAGGUUUUGUCUUCUGAAAGCCCUAUUACAAAGCUUGGUGAUAUUGUUUCUCAGUUGUCUCAUGCAGAGGAAAGAUCAAACCUAAAUUUAUCAAAACCAACGGAUAACUCGAUCAAAGAGCUUGUUGAAGUCCAGGAAGUAAAGAUGGACCAGUUUGAGGAUUUAGGGUGUGGAGGCAGUCAAAAGGACAUAGAGGGAGAGGAUAGUUCAGAAAACGCAUCAGUAAGUCAGGAACCACUUCAGAGUUCAACACCUCAAGACACAUCUCCAAGCAAAGGUCAUCCAGUGGAAGAUGCACCUACAUGUCAAGAGCAGCUGGAGUCUGCCCAUGUCCAGCAAGAGGAUGCAGUUUUGCCUGCAGAUAAGGAAAGUGAAGGCCUUAUGGUUCCAGAGAAAAAGGAGCUCAUAUUGUCAGAAAACUCAAAUAAAGCACAGACGCUUGACAAAUAUGCUCCACUUGUUGAGAAAGAUUGUGAAGACACCCAGAUAUACAACCAAGAUCUUCUUGCUGAUGUACAAGAAAUUGCCUCUGAUUCUCUUAAAGAGUCAUCUGUGCCUUCACAGAGUAGUACCUCUGAAGUCUGCUUAGAUUCUCCACACAAACCUAAACCUUUAGACGCUAUCAGUGGUGAGCUGGAGCCUGGCCAGAGCCCGAGUAGAAGUAGAACUCGUGUAUGGUCGCCAUCUGCCUCUCCAUCCACCAGCAUUCUAAAGAAGGGACAGAAGAGAACGUGUGAUGAGGGUACUCCCUCUCCUCUUUUUAAGUCUCGUCGAGUGUCCUUUGCAACUCCAAUUUACCAUCAAGAAUUAGCUGAUGACAUUGAUCGACGUAGUCCUGUUGUUCGCACCAGCUCACCUAGGUCAAAAGUCUUGAGUGGACAGUCAAAGUAUAUCACUACACCUACGAAAGGCUGUUCAAUCCUUAGCCCACGUAACCUCCGUAGCCCUGGAUUCAAAAGUUCUAAAAAAUGCCUGAUUUCAGAGAUGAGCCAGGAACCACGACCUAUUGCUAAGGAUUGUGUUUUUCCUGCACUGGUUGGCUGCUCUGCUCCUGUAGAGGCUGUUUUACCACAGAUAUCAUCCAACAUGUGGCCUCGUGGCUUUGGUCAACUUGUUCGAGCCAGGAACAUCAAAACAGUUGGAGACCUGAGUGCCCUUACCCCUAAUGAAAUCAAGUCACUUCCUAUCCGUUCACCUAAGCUGUCCAAUGUGAGGAAAGCACUUAAAACUUAUCAUGAACAACAGAGGAAAGGGCGUUCUGAUGAGCUGAAGAGUUUUGAUGAAACGGAAAACAUUACAUCUGAGCAUGAAGAGAUGGAGCUUCCUCAAAGCCACGAUGAGGAGCAUACACCAGGAGAAAUACCAGAGGCUCAAGAUGAUAAACCAUCAGAAGAGGCAGUAGAUUUAGGACAGCUAGCUGAUGAGAGCAAAACGAAAGAUUUGCUAACAGAUGUUGUAGCCCUUGCUGGACGCCUUACUCCAGAGGAACUUAGUCGCUGUUCACCGAACCAGUUGGGCCUGAUGCACGAGCAUCUGAGUGGAAUGAUGAGGAGCAUUGUGACCCAGCUUCAGUCCCGGUUUCUAAGUAAUCUUGAUGACAGCUUGCCAUGAGGACAUUUUCACCUUCAUGAGACAUUUUCCUGAACACAAGAAUUCAUUUUUAACUUGAAGAUUAACCGUGGACUGCUCAUUCCUCAAGUUUUAGUUGAAUUUUAGACUAGGUUAAAUUCUAAUUAUGCUCUCAGAGAAUAGACCGUAAUGGCCAAUAGCCAUUUUCCUUGCUACUUAAGUGUCAAAUACAAGACCAUUAUGAAUUUAAUAGUGAUUUUAAAGACAAAAAUUGUGUCAGGAUGCCACGAAACUUUUUAAUAAGAAUAAAGCUAUAGUAUUAAUGAAAUUUGUCUUUUUCAA